AUGACAUUGGCAAUUGGCUUGGUACUGCGAUUCAUCGCCGAGCAUAAUGAUCCACAGACAGUUGCACUUGGCCUUGAUGACACCCUCGUGUUGCAGCUUCGUCAACUAUGUUGGCUCUUUGCACGGCAGAUUCGUGCAUAUACGAAGACCGCAUAUGCAGAGGGCGGCCUGACAGCAGAUGAAUUCUCAGCAUACUCAGCGAUGACAGGCCUCGUGGAGGAGCCAGUGAUCGUAGAGCAUCGGAUGGUGUGUAUGCUGCGAAAGCAAAUGGAUAAGGCCGGUAGGUGGAUCGGGCAAGGCCAACCUCAUAGGUGCAAAAGGAUCCGACAUUCUGUGAGGGAUGUUGUGGUCAUGCUCUCCGCUGAUGCAACUCUUAACGAUGUUAACGAAUAUCUGACUGAUGACUACAUGCGACACUAUCGGGAAAAGGUAGAGUCGGGUCCUGUGCGAACAGCAGAAGCUGCAUGGCUGAUCUCCCAACAGUUGAUCAAGACUACAUCAGCACCUGCCGAUUCUCAAGCAGCCAUGGCUGAUAGCACUGCUGUGCAGCCACAGGCCUUGUCUCAGCUGCAACGUCACCGAGCCCAGCCCACUCCUCCACCGGUAGAGUUUUUAGCUAAUAGUGAUGAUGAACCGGCACCUCAGGAACAUCUGAAAACUCGCCAGCGACAACAUCAUCAGCAGGCUCCUCCUGUUGCGGCCAGAGAGCCUCCAGAGGAGGAUCAAUUGUAA